AAGGAAUGACCAGCAGAUUUCCUCCCCCGACUUCACAAAAGCUCGAUGUCGCUUUUUUAACGUUCCUUAUAAAGUUCCUCAGCAAGCCAAUUGUUUUGUUUGAUAAUCUCGUUCUGCAUCCAGCCGGUAGGGAGAGGCCCCUUUACCUCCUCAUCUAUUCUGUCCUGUCCCGACUGGCACUUCUAAAUUUUGGCCAACGAUCUCUGGUUAUCUCCGAAGGUCCUGAUGAUCCAUGGGUCCACCUAAACCAGGAAGCCCCAGAAGAUGAGCAGCAGCAAGAGUCCAGAAAUGUGGAGCAUGGUCGUUCUGAGUUUGUUGUCCUCCGUGUACCCCCUCAAGUGAGGUUACCAGAGGGUUACAACCUGGUGGAAGCUCUUCAGAGAGGUGGCAAGGCAGUGAUGUUGGUGAAAGUGAAGAGUGAGGUGACUUUCAAAAAUGACAUAUGGCAGCCCCUUGCAACAGCUCUUGAGCUGGCAAUCCAGAAUGAGACAGAUCCAGUGACGCUGCUGCUUACAGACGCUUCAUCCUGGUAUUUUGCUACUGUGCAGCUUGUCCAAAAGAUUGAUAAUAAACGACCUCCCCUGCCCAAGGGCAACUCCCAGGCACAUGGUUACCAUUUCCAGGCAUGUGGUCAUGAGUUCUGCCUCUUCGAUUGGGUGGAGUUCAAAUGUAAACUCCUGUAUAUACCCUGGAGAUCUACUUCAUCAGAUGUGCCUGAGAUGUUCGCUCACAUGUACAAUGUGCUUUACCCUGGCGAAGACAUCACCCAGGUUGCAGAUCGGGCAAAGCUAGGCAGAGAGACACUUCGAGCUCUUGCAGUCAAGUGGGCGAAGCCUGUAAUCACAGACAUGGUUACGAGUCAAAAUGUGAAGGACCUGAUUACGAAAGAACAGGUGCAGCAGGCCUCGGAAGAUGGGGCCGAUGUCCAGCCGGGAAUGGAAGCGGGUGGCCACCGUGAGGAGGAUUUGGCGUCCAUCAGGGAGGUUUGGCUGAUGAUCGUGGCGGGUUUCAUCUUUACGUACAGAAACAGCUGGCGUAUGAUGUGGGCCGUGUCCUUUUGUGUUGUCAUCACCGUCGUGAUACUGCCGGGUGUGAUAGCGCUACUGCCAACCCGCAGGGCAGCAUACCUAGAUGGCGCUUUGGACCGGGUCGCAGAUUACGUGAGCCACCGCAGCCGUAGCCGCCGUCGGUUGGCAGUAGCAGCGCUAGCAGCAGUGUGA